UCUUGGUCGCCGUUCGGGACACAUCUAUUUAUUUUACUUGUCUAUGGCUAAAGUGCAUUUGUUCUUUUGUGACUACCAUCCAUAAGGAUUUAGGAAAUUUUGAAGUAACUGAAGAUCGGGCUAAUACCAUUUUUGUGAAUAUAAUAAUUUCUGUGUAAUCCUGUGAACCGUUUAUGACUACCGUAUCAUCAACAGCCCAAUAAAUAUAAUUUGGAGAAAGUCUUGUCAUCAACACCAGUGUCCAUAAUGAAGAGUCUACUGCUCCUGACCUUCGUAGCUGCGUGUCAAGGUCUUGCUCUUCAGAAGGCGAAGACCUUGCCUCGACCUAAUCUUCUGCUGCUGACAGCCUUGGAUCCCCUGUCUUUGGAAGUGGAAUGGGAACCUGUGAAGCAGGAUGACCCUAGUGAACCUAUUUUGGGAUACAAGGUGUUGGUUUGGCAGCUACAACCAGUAAAAAAGUACAAAUAUGAGAUCAUAAACGGGGUGAAGACCCUCGUGCAAGAAAUGGUGCCUCCUACAAUCGGGGAUGCUGAUACACCGCUAGAAAAAGACGCCAUGGAGAUCGUAGUUCAAGGACCACAGGGCUCGAAAACUAGGGUCCCUAGCAUCAAACUAAACGUCAUUUAUGAGGUACGCGUCCGUGCGUUCUCGGCGCGUCGCGACGGCCCUCUCUCGUCGCACAUGCGCGUUCAGAUCAUGGAUGAUAAGAAGAGUGAAAACGACAUUGGCAACGAAGCUUACCACUUUGUCUAACAUUUAGUGAAAUGAAAUCAAUAUAAUAUAUAUAUUUUAUAAAAAAAACUUAGUGU